AUGGCGAUGGCGAGUUUGGGAAGGCGAAGAGCGACCACCUUGUUGUGUUCAUCCCCCAGCCACAAAUUGUCUUCCAUUCUCAUCAGGAGAUUCUCAUCCGGAUCUGAUGAGAACGACGUCGUGGUUAUUGGUGGCGGCCCCGGUGGCUAUGUGGCCGCGAUCAAGGCCGCGCAGCUGGGCCUCAAGACCACCUGCAUCGAGAAACGUGGCACCCUCGGUGGAACCUGCCUUAACGUUGGCUGCAUCCCUUCUAAGGCUCUGCUUCAUUCUUCCCAUCUGUAUCAUGAAGCAAAGCAUUCAUUUGCCCAUCAUGGUAUCAUGGUUGGUUCGGUGGAGGUGGAUGUACCGGCAAUGCUGGCCCAAAAAGACAACGCCGUGGGAAACUUGACCAAAGGCAUCGAGGGUCUCUUCAAGAAGAACAAAGUAAACUAUGUGAAGGGAUAUGGCAAGUUUCUAUCCCCUUCCGAGAUAUCCGUUGAGACCCUAGAUGGUGGCAACACAACUGUGAAAGGAAAGAAUAUCAUAAUAGCCACUGGUUCCGACGUCAAGAGUCUUCCUGGGAUCACCAUAGACGAAGAGAGGAUCGUAUCGUCUACUGGCGCUUUAGCAUUGAAGGAGGUUCCUAAGAAACUUGUAGUUAUAGGUGCCGGCUACAUCGGUCUGGAGAUGGGUUCUGUUUGGGGUCGGCUGGGGUCAGAGGUCACGGUUGUCGAGUUUGCAGCUGACAUCGUUCCAAGCAUGGAUGGUGAAAUCCGGAAGCAAUUCCAACGCACCCUCGAAAAGCAGAAGAUGAAAUUCAUGCUGAAGACUAAGGUAGUUUCUGUUGACACCACUGGAGAAGGUGUGAAGUUAACUCUCGAGCCAGCAGCGGGUGGUGAGCAGACGAGCCUAGAGGCGGACGUUGUUCUCGUCUCUGCUGGCAGAGUCCCGUUCACUGCAGGGCUGGAUGUGGAGAAGCUAGGGGUCGAAACAGACAAGCUAGGUCGCAUCUUGGUGAAUGAGCGUUUUGCCACUAACGUAGGGGGAGUGUACGCGAUCGGUGACGUAAUCCCGGGGCCAAUGCUGGCUCACAAGGCGGAGGAAGAUGGGGUCGCGUGUGUUGAAUACAUUGCGGGUAAGGAAGGGCACGUGGACUAUGAUUUGGUCCCGGGGGUGGUGUACACGCACCCUGAGGUGGCGUCGGUGGGGAAGACCGAGGAGGAGGUGAAGGCCCUCGGGGUGGAGUAUCGGGUGGGGAAGUUUCCGAUGAUGGCGAACAGCAGGGCAAAGGCGAUCGAUGAUGCGGAGGGGGUGGUGAAGAUCGUAACGGAGAAGGAGAGCGACCGGAUCUUGGGGGUCCACGUAAUGGCGCCGGGUGCGGGCGAGCUGAUACAUGAGGCGGCUUUGGGGAUGCAGUAUGGAGCGUCGAGUGAGGAUAUUGCGCGAACGUGCCAUGCUCAUCCCACGAUGAGUGAGGCUGUGAAGGAGGCUGCCAUGGCUGCGUAUGACAAGCCUAUUCAUAUUUAAUUAUCUCAUUUUUUUUAUUCUUCUUGUUUAUCAAUCGUCAUGUAAUAACACCAGUUGAGAUUGUAAUGUUGCAUUCCAAUUUUGUGCUUUC